CGGAUUUUGUGCGUUUAUUUUUGUACGCGAACUAGAGCAGACCACACGUUUGUGACGAAAAAAUAAUAAUCGUAUUUAAUUUUACUCGUGUCAUAAAUUCACUAGUGGGCAUGCGCAACGGUACUGUCAAAAUUGCAGAAGUCGUGUGGUCCUGUCCAAAUAUACCUCGAAACAAGUGAUAUUGUGAUGAACUUUUCGUAGUGUUAGAAUUAAUUUAUGAAAAGACUGAUAUUGAAUUAAAAUAUUUGAAAAUGAGUGGAGUAACGCCGGCGAUGGGCUUGGACGCAAUUUUGGCGGAGUUAGGUGCAUUUGGGAAAUAUAAUGUGAUAAAUUACACGAUUCUUCUAUUGCCAGUGCUGUUGGCGGGAAUGUUUGGAUCUGUGUACAUUUUCGAAGCUCCCGACAUUAAUUACAGAUGUCGAAUCGACGAAUGUGAAAAUCUGUACAACGAUUCUAAGUGGCUUGAAUACGCCAUACCAAAAAAAGACGGAAGUUUUAUGAAAUGUCGCAAAUACCCCUCUUUAAAUAGUCAUUUAGAUAAUAUAGAUAAUGCUACGUGUCUAGCCAAGGAUUUCGAUACAACAAAACUAACAGACUGCUCGUCUUAUGUGUAUAGUGAUGAGGAUUCGGCUGUAAAGGACUUCGACCUAGGCUGCGAACAACUGAAGCGUACCCUGGUAGGGUCAAUGCACAACGCUGGUUUCUUCGUGGCACUGCCCCUAACUGGAUUCAUAUCAGACAGAUACGGCCGCAAGCUGGCUCUAGCCAUAUCUUCGCUGUUCAACGGGAUAUUUGGGAUUCUCAGGUCGUUUUCUGUCAACUACGUAAUGUUCGUCUCGUUUGAAUUUCUGGAAACGGCUUUUGGUGCUGGCGCGUAUACUACAGCAUUUGUUUUAGCUAUGGAACUCGUUGGGCCAAAGGGCAGGGUAUUUGGAAACACCCUUAUAAACAUAGUCUACGUGUGCGGAGCUGUGACCAUGGCUGGUCUUGCGUGGCAGCUACAAAACUGGCGACAUCUGCUUAGAGUCAUAUACACUCCAGCAAUCUUCAUAGUCUCCUACAUCUGGAUCUUAAACGAAAGUGUCCGAUGGCUUUUAAGCAAAGGACGACAACACGAAGCCGUAGCUAUUCUCAAAAAGGCUGCUAAAAUUAACAAAGUAAACAUUGCCCCAGAACUUUUUUCUCCACUUUACGAACUAAACAAUGUAUCUCCUAAUCAUAAUAAUGAAAAAGAUAAACUUAACGAGCCCGUUGAAGCAGCUAAACCUAAAGAGACUGCAACCUUUGCUAAUGUUAUUAAAUCGAGAAUUAUCAGGACAAGACUGUUCGUGUGCUCAUUUUUGUGGAUAACUUGCACUCUAGUAUACUACGGGCUGUCAAUUAAUUCAGUGUCUUUAGCAGGGAAUCAGUAUGUGAACUUUAUGUUGGUAGUUCUGGUUGAAAUUCCAGGGAAUAUAGUCUGCCUGGUGGUGCUAGAUAGAUUUGGUAGAAAGAAGCCUUUGAUUAUAACGUACGUGCUGAGUGCUUUACUGUGCAUUAGCUUGUCGGCGAUACCCCCAGGUGGCUGGUCGCUAACGGUCUACCUCCUCGGCAAGUUCAAUAUCACAGUGGCUUACAGCUCCGUCUACAUCUACGUGUCGGAGGUGUUCCCCACCAGCGUCCGGCAGUCGCUGCUCGCUGUCUGCUCCACUACUGGCAGGAUUGGCUCCACAUUGGCUCCUAUCACUCCUCUUCUUGUAAGUAUCUCUUCUUGCCAAGUACUACAAGCAGUUGCCAGUGAUAUUCUUCGGCAGCAUGGCGCUGGCUGCUGCUGCUCUUGUGUUCACUUUACCAGAAACCAUCAACGUCCAACUUCCAGACACUGUCGAAGAAGCAGAGCAACUCUCGAGAAGAGAACCGGAGAAACAGAAAGAAGUAGCUUAAAGAGAAGAAGAAGUUAGUACUUUGGGCUCCAACGUAUUUCUGAGGAAGAAACAGAGAAAGCGCUCAGACAGGACAUGGAAGUAGCAUAACUAAUAAAAUUCAAGAUCUUAUUCCUCGGUAUUCGAUUUUAUGUUAUACUGACCUAAGUUUAUCGAUAGAAAAGGAAUUUGACCAUGGAAUGAAUUGUGGUACAAAUUGAUCCGUUACACUGAAAACAGUACAAAUAACCAGUGAGUAUAUAUAGGUAUAACAAACUUAAUUUAACGUUCAACAUAUUGUAUUCGUUAUAGGUAUACUACAAUAAUUUUAUUAUAAAAUACAUUCCAAUUUCAUUUAUAGUUUCAGCUUUUCGAGCAAUACACAUGAUGUACCUAACAUUGAUUGAUUAAUUUAAAUACAGGCUUUCAUAGCUCAAGUGAAGAAGAGGCGUUGACGAUGAGCACAUAAUUUACAGAUAUAAUAUCGCGUCUGUAUCCCUUACGGCCUAGACACAGCCGAAAAUUUGGAAUUGGAUUUGCCACAGGGAUUGGUUCACUAGACUCUAUGUUAUAAAACUCUAGCUAUCCAGGUGUGCCGGAGACGUCGACUAAUCAUCACUCGUGGAAGCUUCCUUCCCUACUUGAUUUUCCAUCGACAACAAAGAAGAAGCCGAAAUUUGUGAAAUUCGAAGGUUGAAUUUCUUGAUGGAACGAAUGUGCGAUGCACAUCAAUGUAGGUCCUAGAUUGGAUGAUAGUAAGCCAGUACUUGCGAGAUUUACGCAUUCAACAGACAAAGGAAUUUGCUUAUGAUACCUUUAUGUCAGAACAGAUAUGUCAUAUGGUUAUUGCAGGGUAUAUAUAAAAUAUAAAAUAUAAUGUAUAAACGGUGAGAUAAAUGAGCAUAGUGUAUCCAUUACAUAAAGCAGAGAUAUUAUUUUGUAAGACUCAAAUGCCUUCAUGCUUUUUGAUAAAUUAUACGUUUUUUCUUAUUUACCAUAUUUGAUCUAGUUUGGACUAUAUUAGUCAUGUAACGUCUUUUAUGUAUUUAUAUUAAGAAAAAUGAUAUUGUUAUCAUAUUUCUCUAUUGUAUAAGUCAUGCCAAAGCUUGUUUGUUGUCUAUGUAAUUUUUUAUUUCUUUGUGUAAGUAAUAAAUCAAGAACGGAUAUUUUGGUAUCGUGAAAUAAACAUACUUAGAUGAUACUUUAUGCUAAAUUAUAAAAUCGAA